GCCCUCAAACAGAACCGUGACAGCCCGUCCUCGUGCCUAACGGGUCCCGCGUGGAGCAGCGGCCUCGGCAGUCCGCGCUGCCCUGGACGCAAACAACACACGCGGGUGGUCGGGUUACGCGCGGGCUGGUGCGCUGCGCGUGCCCGGUGACGCUGCGUGUCUGCAUCAGCGCCCGGUUUCACCGCGACGCAUCGCAGAGAAGCUUUUCUCCCUCACUCCCUCCGAACCACCGCGGGGUGUACGGCACGCGCCACAAUGGAGACUAAACCCGUCAUCACCUGCCUCAAAACGCUCCUCGUCGUGUACUCCUUCGUCUUCUGGAUAACAGGAGCCAUCUUGCUGGCGGUGGGAGUAUGGGGGAAGUUGAUGCUCGGCCCGUACAUCUCUCUGAUCGCAGACAACUCGACCAACGCCCCGUACGUCCUCAUCGGCACCGGGACCAUCAUCAUCGUGUUUGGCCUGUUCGGAUGCUUCGCCACCUGCAGAGGAAGCCCAUGGAUGCUGAAGCUGUAUGCCAUGUUCCUGUCACUCGUCUUCCUCGCCGAGCUGGUGGCCGGGAUCUCUGGAUUCGUGUUUCGCCAUGAGAUAAAGGGGACCUUUCACAGGACGUACACCGACGCCGUGCUGAACUACAACGCCGAGGACGAGGCGAGCCGCGCCGUGGAUAACCUGCAGCACAGGCUGCGCUGCUGUGGAGUGUAUAACUACACCAGUUGGUUCGGCAGUGUGUAUUACCCGUCCAACGGCAUUCCUGCCAGCUGCUGCUUUAACUCCUCCGACUGCAACCCAGACGACCUCCGCAACACCACUCUCGCCCCGAGCAAGGUCUACCACCAGGGCUGCUACGAGCUGGUCACUUCGUUCAUGGAGACCAACAUGGCCAUUAUUGCAGGAGUGACGUUUGGGAUCGCCUUCUCACAGCUGAUUGGGAUGCUGCUGGCCUGCUGUCUGUCCAGGAUCAUCACAGCCAAUCAGUACGAGAUGGUUUAGCUGAUGUGUCGCGGCAGGGAGGUGCAGAGAAGAAGAGAGUAAACUCACAACAACACUACCACGCGUCUCCCUUGGACUCCACCUCCCUCUCCGCCUGUAGUCUUAAUGUAAUAUCUUUGUGUAUCUUACUGUAAAGCACCAUUCCUCGACUCACCGCUGUUGCAUCAAAGCGCUCUAUAGCACACAUCCAUUGAUGUAGAGGUCGCUCAUUAGCGGAUCCGUGCGGCCUGCGCUCACCGGCGCGUUGCUCUCAGAUGGGUGGAGCUGGGCGGAGCUCGGCUCUCUGCAGCGCGCUCCGCCGAGCGGCAUCACGUUUGUGCAGAAUGGCAUUACUGAGGCCUGAAAGAAACACUUUAAUAGUUUUCAUUUCUGCAUUCGACUUAGCUAUUGCUCGGCAUCGUGUGUUCCUAUGGUCGUGACAUUUUCUCAGCUCAUUGUGUGCACUAAGGAGGAUAUUUUAGGUUUAUAUGAAAUUUUAAAAAGCUGACUUGCGUAUUUUUUACCUGUAGAGGAGGCAUGAUAUUUUUGUUGGCCUGAUAAUCCAACCCAAAAGCAGAUUAUGACGUAAAUUGUGUGUUAAGAUUGUAAUUCAGUACCUUUAGCCUGGGAUAAAUAAACAAGACCAAAGAGUCCAAAUGGGAAGCUCGCCUGUCCCACUCUACGGCGAUAAGUUCAAAGACAGUUGUGCCAUCAACUCCUGCCUCAUGACUGUCUGCCAGUCCAUUUUGUGGAGCAUCUUUAACGGCCACAGAGGAGGGGAAAUAAAAAAAAACGCCCCAAAGAUAAUACGCUGCAAAAGCUCCCAGGAUGCUGCACCUCCCCAAAGGCCGCUUCUGCCGAUCCAUCUGUCGAGAUCACUUGUUAUCGGCCCACAAGGCAGAACGGCUCUUCGUUGAAUGGGUUGAUUUCACCACAAAAAACCCAACACUUGAUUAUCUGAGAGAUUUGUGCGCUUCAAACAAUGCAGAGAAUCAUGCCGAUUAGUGGAGGCCUUCAUAGCGUUCCACGCGACUGUCAGAUGAGAUGGGACGGAUUCUUCUGCGCGAUUAAUGCCGGGGAGAGAUUGAGGGGGGGGGGGGGGCGAAGUCCUGCCAACGUUCACACCUCCGCACACCUGGCCGAUCUGUGCGCACAAUGUGCAGCUCCACAAUCCAACAAGCCCUGACACCUCAGCGGUAUUUCACUGCUUGUCCCGCCUCAAGGCGACUGGCUCAAUUCCAAUGUUUCAAGAAUUAGCUUAAACCUAGAAUCUUCUUGUUGUUUUUCGCAAGAGGGUUCUGUGCUUUAAAGGUUUGAAUAUGUGUGUCUUAGGCUCAUAUCAGUAGUUUUCUCCCGCUGGAAUAUUACGGCAGCUGUGUGCUACAGUGCAGGACGUCGAUGGCAUUAGAGGUACGCAGGACUCCAGCAGUGUCCUUCUAGAAUUUACAGUAUCCCAUGCAGUGCAUCCUCUCACCAUCAUCAUCAUCAUCCUCAUCAUCACCUGUAGAUAUUUAUGCUAAAUGUAAUUUAUAUGACGUGACGUUUGUCAUCCUAAUAUGCUAAUCGGUCUAAAUGUUGUGUCACAGUUUUCAUUCCGCACGCCGUGCCGUUAGUCCGUAUUUGGUGGAUUAGUUCGUAGGAAAAACUCGCACCGGAAAAAUAAUUGUGGCCAAUGUUUUUGUUGAAGGUAACGUGCAGCCUGUAGAUGUUUCAAUUCUAGCUGUAUAUGAAUUAUCGUUUAGUUUGUACUAUGAUUACAGGUCAUUUUCUAUCGCUGUUUCAGUAUGUUUCAGAUUUUUUAUUUGACUGUCACCUUAACAUUUUCCUUCUGUGUGUGUGUGUGUGAAAGAAAAAGAGAGAGAGAGAGCGUCUAGAUUUCAUGGAUCUUCAUCUUUGGUCAGUAUUUGGUUGUGGCUUUUCAGGACUCAUCGCUUUUAAAACUGUGAAUCUAUUUAAGUGAAUGUAUGUUUUUCGACACUCCUUAUCCCAACUGAUAUUGUCCUGUAAAUACUAAACUGUAAUACCAUCCUGCUUACACAUGGGGUCACCAGACACUGGGAAGGAAUUGCACCAUGUUGUCUGCUAUUGACUAAGUCACCAUCAGUGGUCUUAUUAUCAAUAAAUAUACAGAAUAACAAA